CCACAUCAUCGCCGCCACCCUCGUCUCCCCGAUCCCAUCCCCUCGUCUCCCUCCCAAACCUUGCCGCCGGCGGCCUCUCCCCCUCCUCUCCGCCGCAACCUGCCCACAAAUUUCCUACCACCUUUCCCCUCCUCCCCUUCUCCGGCCAAGAACCUCGCCGCCGCCUCCGCCCCCUCCUCGCCAGCCCGCCAUGGCGCUGUACCGCCGCGCGGCCUCCGUGAUCCGGUGGCGCGGGGCCCUGCCGCUGCCCCUGCUCCCGGCGCGGGCCAUGGCAUCGCUCUUCGGCCACGUCGAGCCGACGCCAAAGGACCCCCCCCCUCGGCAUCACCGAGGCCUUCCUCGCCGACCCCUCCUCUGACAAAGUCAACGUCGGCGUCGUACGUUCUUAUACUCCUCUCGUCUACUAUGGCCCACGGCUCCUCGGCUUCGGACUGGGCGAGGGACAUCACGGCGGAGGACGCGGUUCAGCCCGAGCGCCCACGCGGCGUCGAGAGCUUCAGGAUCAGGGACGCGAGCCGCCACGCCACGCGCGCCUGCGGGCUACACGUUGCGAUCAGCCACCUCGGAGCCUCAUGCGGCGGUGCAUCGUCGCCGUCAACCGCGGCGCCAGGACAGCCCGAGGGGAGUGGGAGCGGGAGGAUGUACGGCAUCCUCGCCGUUCUCAGCACUUCUCUGGCACUUAGCGUGGUGUCCUGCGUGCUGUGCUACCUCGUGGGUCAAAGCAGUGAGGCUGCUCCGUCCGGAGAGAACCAGGACAAGGAGGAUCUUUGGUUGUCGGCCUUCCCCAUUGGAACCGAGUGGGAAAACAUUGACAAGAUAAAGGAGUUCAACUGGAACUUUCAAAAUUUAGAGAAAGCUCUAGAAGAAGGGGGGGAGCUGUAUGGGAAGACAGUUUACUGCAUAGUGGAUCAGAGUACAUUUGGGCGGGGGUGGUGCAGUGGCCACAUGAACAUGCUCAGGGGCAUCAUCGGCGGGGCGCUCAGGAGACGAGCGAGGUGGAUGCUGCCCACCCAGACGGUACACAACAUGGGGGAGUCCAUCUCCGACCGUCCCAAGCACGACCAUGAUAGACCUACAAUGGCAGCAUGACCCAACCAAAUAAACAUUUUGUGCCUUGAUCUAGCUCUAAAAGUGUGGUGUUACCUCUCUUUACAGGAGCUCUGGGCUGAAGAAAUUUGAAGAAGCUUGAAGCCGGACAAAGUAAAGAGUAGCGAGUAAUAAUGUAGUGCUAGUUAUGUUGUACGGUAGCCAGCAUAUCUGGUUGUAUGAACACUAUUGUAAAUACUGUAAUUUCGUAUUUGUACAGUAGUCAGCAUAUUUGGUGCUAAUAUUGGCUAUCAUUUUACAGUUUCA